AGCACAGGAAACGACCAUUUAUCUUCCUCCUUAACCCUCUUUAGAUAGAGGUCUUGUACUCAACCAAGAUCGUCUUUUGCUUGCUAUUAAACCACGACCGUUUAUUGCUGGCCGUGUUGAUCUACUCGAGCAGCCACGGGCACUACGAUUGUUUGCUACAAGUCCUUGCUACUGAAAACUUUAACUUUUCUAUUGGCAGAUGGUCGUGCCCAAGGUCAAUACCGUGUUUCAGCGCUUGCUGCUGGUCGGCCUCAGCGGCCUGGAAGAUGAUCAUUAUACUCGCAUCUUCACCGCCACCUGCGGUUGGUUAACCUACAACUCGUCUUCAGCAGUAUUUCUUUCUUUUUGCGCGGGUGGCCAGCAACAGAGGGAUGCUCCUGCUUCCUCCGUCGAAAAUAAUGGAAAGAGCAGCUCGCUCACGGGACUUCGACUUGUGGAGGCCGCACGAACUAGCACUAGGAUCCGAAGCAGGAGGACCACCACGACGCCUUCUCAUAGACAUGAGCAUAACAUUAACACCGCAGUAGACAACCGCUCGCUCCUUCGCGGAAGAAGAUCCACUACUCAAACCUCCAGAACAGAACAUGAACGACUAGCACACUCCACACAUGAUCGUGGGCCGCGAGAAGUAGAAGAUGUAGAUGAACAAGAGCAACAAGAACAAGCAGCUGGAGCUGCCGUGCAGUUUCAAUCCAGUACAUCAACUAGAACAAGUACUACUUCUACCUCAACCUCUUCGCUACUGGAAGUAGUCGAGAGCAAGUCCUCUCUGAUCUACUGCCCCUCGCUGCACUCCUACAUCCGCGAGACAAAAAACUGCCCGGGGGAGGAUGGAGACGUGGUCGUGGCACCAAACCCGCCUGUAGCUGACGGAAGUAGUACUAUUGCCUCUUCAUCAGGCGUGUUAGACAGUACUUUCACAGAUGAAGAACUCGAGCUGUUGGAGCCCGUGCUCGUGGCCAAGCUCCUGUCCCACUGCGUGGCUUCGGAACAGCUGUUGGCGACGACAACUACUACUACUACUUCCCAUGGUGUGGUCCUCCUCGGCGGGAAUCCUGUUGAAGAAGCACAACAUCAAGCAGCACUUCUUCUGAACCAGACCAGUUUUCCGGCUUUAACGAGAAUCAGUUUGACGGCAGAAGGGUCGGAAUCGGAAACACACAAAGACGAAGUGCAUGACCUGGUAGAGGAGUUUCUUUUAAGACAAUCUGGAGAGGAACAAGGACAAGCACAAAAUGAAAGUGACCACGACGACUCCUCCUUGACUUGGCUGCAGCGACAGGUCGCGGCUUUCAAACUUCUGGAAGACGCAAUCACCACCCAGGCGGAGAAAGUGCAAACCUGGGACGACAUUCGGAAGAAGCUGGCGCUUGUGAAUAAGCUGGAGAAGGGGGAUCACAUAAAGCAUUCGAUUUCCGGCGUUGCCCCCCCAUUUGCGCGAAUGGACCCAGGGUUAAAGAAGUGGCUGCUAGAAGUGCGCCCGGAAGUGCAGGAAAAGGCGCACUCGAGGUAUGUCGAGGCGGAGGCUGAGCAGGGGAAAAUUAUGUUGAACUUCGAUUUUGAAGAAGGCGUGUUGAGCGACGCAGGACAAGAAUCCCCUUAUUUCUCGCUGAAGUACGACGGCGCGUCGAAGUCGAAGCUGGAGCAGUGCGUGUACGGCAUGACGGGUGAAGAACUCGCGCAACAAAACGCCCCCCAAACAGACAGCUACGGACGGCUGACGCCACUGGAACGGCGGGAGCGGGAGUCCACGUUCGAGCACGUAGCUUUCGCCGAGCUUUCGCACAGGGAGCUCAGGAACAAAACUGUGUUCGAUUUAAAACAAUUGCUCGUAACCUACCUACAACAGUUAACCCUUGCGGAGAAGAGCCUGGAGAUCCCAUCGGGCAUCCCGGCAAGCUUCGGGAUUUGCCACAUCGCCAACGCAACAUCAAACGUCGAAACCGCGUUCUUCCAGUCCCUCCUAACCGACCGAGUAGAGUUGUGGAAGCAUUUGCAUCACCCGUUGGAAAUCGUGGAGCCCUUCGCGGAGAAAUCGGCGUACGGAAUUUCCUUCGCCGCAGAAGAAAUAGCCUUACGGGACAACAAGACCGACGCUCCGGAGUACGAAAACAAGAGCUUUUUGCAACAGAAGUUUGUGGAAUUGGGAUUGAACUUGGCCUCAUAUGAAUCGGCGUUUUCAUCAUCAUCAUCAUCUCUCGACGUCGUCCCUGGUGCUGAUCAACUACAUGUGCAGACGACGUCGAUCAACCUGUCCUGGUUUUUGGACGCAAGGAAAAAAAGCGAGCGGCAAUUCCACUCCCUCGAACUUGCGAUCCGCGACUUGCAGUUGCCGAACGCGGCGGCUUUGAGGAAGGUGUUGUGGCCGGUGUUUGCAAGUGCGGAUUUGAGAGCGGAGACAGACUUUGCCUAUCAAAUGAAAAAAUGUCUGGGUCUGGAAGAAUCCAACUUGUGAUGCUGCAUUUGGAUUCCAAAAAAAUUUGUAUUGCAUGAGUAGCAAAGGGAAUGUAAUUCUAAUUUUUGCUACGCUCGCGGAUAGGGCAUUUGUCAUGCGAAAUAGGCAUCAAGAACCCCUCGAAAAAUCUGUGACGCUACGGCAUGCAUCUUUCACAGACGUCAUGGCUCAUGCAAAACGUGCAUGACAAGUCUCAGAAUCUCCCAGACCCAGACACUUUUGCAUUUGAUAUUGCCUCCUGGGGAUUGACAGAUGUGCUGUUUGAGGGGAGGGAAGUAGUUCUUGCGACAGGACCAGGAGAUUCGGACGACGACGAGGAUACAGGUUCAAAUUCUGUGCUACUACAUAUGCAUUGCAAAACUAUCGUACUAGUACAAAUAGCAUGACAAAUUUUUGCAAAAGGAAAAAUGGAAUUUGUAAUUCUGAUUGAGGUAAAAUGGUGGAUCUGUAAUGCAAGACUGCCAUUCAUACGAGUACGAUACUUUUGCACAGGAUACUACAACAUGAUCAACAACUACUACACAGUUUGGACCAAGCGGUGGUUCAAAUCAUUUACGUUGCGAACCAGUACAACAUAUGCAAUACAAAUUUCCCGUACAUGUACAAAAUGCAUGACAAAUUUCGCUAACUUGCAGUGUCCAACUUGUGAUGCUAGACUAGGACUGAAGGCAAGUUUUGUCAUGCAGCGACUGCAUUUGUACGUGUACGGGAAAUUUAUUGUGGAUACAACAUCCCCCUCUUCACCGACGAAAUCACGACAGAAAAUGAUAGAUACCCAGAUUUGCUCGCAGCACUGACAACAACGACCACGACCACGACAUAUACCACUACUACCACCUCCACCACCACAACCGUUGCACCCACAAUCUUGUCCUGCCGAAACUGGCCGGGUAUGGAACAGAAAUGCCACGAAAAUUUGUGCGGGUCGGUGAUGGAGCAUUAUGACGUGUCCAACUUCGGCGCCGUCGCACCGGGAGUCAAUUACACGACUGAAUUCUUCACGAAAAAAAACGCAACGAUUCCUCUUGACGUCGCGAGGAAUGAGAGUAAUUUGGCGGACCAGUUGAAAAUUUGCUGUUUCGCACCAGAGGUCGUGGUGGGGGACAGCGGCAGUGCAGGAGAGCAGGGGACUACAUCUUCGCCCACGCAGUCCUCGUCCGCGCAUAGUUCAUCUUCAGGUCGUUCCUCGUCUUCCUUUCUAGCACGAACGUCGAACAACCGCGAAAGUAUGAACACAAACAUCUUCGCAACAUCUUCAAAACAGGAGACUCAUCGUCAUCUUUCAUCACGACAAGAAAGUGAAUACCGCCUUCACUACACGACGGAAGUUGUGCAAGGUGAAAGUGUAACGACCUCGUCUGAUGAUCCUGACGAUGCAAGCCUUCACCGCACGCGCCAGGACCCGGAUCUCAUCACGACAGCCGGGUCUCUGCCUGUGCCACCGGUGGAACAUCAAGCCUUGGCGGUGCCGCCACAAAUUACCAGUACUAGCACACAAGAACUUACUCCAACUUCUACCACAUCACCUCCACUGGGGUACUGCGUCCCAACGAGUACGACCACGACCACCACGACAACCACAGUUUCAGUUGUCACGGUUACCACCACGACACCAACAUCGAUCCCCACAACUCCAACAACUCUGGUAAAACUCGCCGAUAAUUUCUGGGUUGACCUGGACAAACUUACGCAGAGUUUAACCCCAGCAGAACUUGCUAAGUUGACCCAGUUUGCGGUCGAAUUGAGUAAGCAGGAUUUUUCGAUUAUCAAGUGCAAAAGCAUCGUACUAAUAGAAAUCUUCGCAUGACAAAUCCCCUCAGCAUGAAAUAUGGAAUUUGUAGUGCGAAUUUACUUGAAGAAGGAGAUUUGUAAUGCAUGUUUACGAUUGCUACGAGUGCGAUACUUUUGCAGAGGAUAUCGAUGUCGUCGAUCGACGAAGGUGCUAUUCUUUCCGCGGCGUCGAUUGAGCACUUGAAAAGAGUAUUGUACGACGUUGUUGUCAAAACUUUUGGAAUAUGAACUGCAAAAGCAUCGUACUAGUAAAAAUUGCAUUACAAAUUAGCCCAGCAUUACAAAUUAAAUUUGUAAUGCCGAUUUGCCUUGAGAAAGAAAUUUGUAAUGCAUGAUUGCGAUUACUACGAGUACGAUACUUUUGCACAGGAAGAUGUGGAACAUCAAGCCCCGUUCAGGAGUUGAGCGAGAUCUUUGCGAAAAUCGAACCGGUGGAGACCGUGGAGAUAUGCAUUGAAAAAUGUCUGGGUCUGGAAACUUGUAAUGCUGGGUUGUGAAUAGUAAGUGCUCUGACAUGCACAGCCAAGCAUGAGAAAUAUUUGCGCGGUUUCGUGUUGCGUUUUCCGCAUGACGAGCUGCGUUUUGGCAUGGCGGCGCAAAAGCGUCUCUUCUUGGACACGCAUCACAAACUCUUCAGUCAUGCCAGACAAGCAUGACAAACGUUGCAUUCUUCCAGACCCAGACAUGUUUGCAUUUGAUACUAGAAAAUUUUAAACGACGCGCUCCACCUGGACGAGAUCGCGACAGGGGAUCCAGUGUUGAGAGAACUGUUGAAAGACGUGACUUCUGUGGUGGACAACGACGGCGACGGCGGCAGUACAACGCCAGCUCCUGGAAAUGAUGAUGAUGAUGAUGAUGAGACGACGAGUGGGAACUCCAACAUCAAGAGUAGAACGACUGACUUCGUGGAAAUUUUUGAGUAUUUGUUCAAGGGGCUUCAGAGCAGUACAACAUCUAGUAGCAGUACAAGCACGAGUGCACCGGAAGACGAAGGCGGGACAAAUGCCAAGGCGACGGAAGUUCUAACCGACGACAACCCACAAGAAGCCGAUCCCCUAGCCCACCUCCCCGAGAUGCUCCCGGGGGUUUGUGAGGUGGUGAAAAACCAAACCACCGGAACGAUAAAACACGAAUGCAGCAACACGGAUUGCAGUGCCGCGAAGUUCCAGAAGCCCUGCGCACAGCUUAUGACCUGCUCAGCUGUUGCAAUCUCAAGCGUUACAAUAAAAAUAAGUAGAAUAAUGGAAAUCUGUGAUGCAAGAGUACAUGAUCUAGCGUACUCCUACUCGCACAGGAUUGCGCAUGACAAGUUCCCGAGUUGUCCCAAACCGCACUACAACCUGGCGAAAUUUGUAUUGGAGAAAGUGGAACGCUCUGCGAGUCUGUCAUGCUCGUCAUGCAAUACAGAAGCCAGAUUAAGUUGUAACCUUUGAGAUUGUCACAUCUGAGCACGCCAUACAGCUCGGACCGUGUUGCACGUUCGUGACGCAGAUUGAGGCGCAGGGGUACUGCGCCAACGCGGUUGGCGCGGCGGAGUACGAGGGGGAAGAGGAUCUGGCGGAAGAUGAUGGCCUUGAGGCUGCUGCAGGAGCUUCUUUAUCCACUGCCGUGUCGUUCCUCGAGAAAGUGUUAUUUUCCAAAAGUUCUUUCUCUGCUUCACGAAGGAGCGGAAAGAAGAGGAGAACUGCCACAACUACAUAUCUGCAUCAGACAAGAACUUCUACUACGAUGAACAAAGUCACAACGCUUCCCAGCAUCGACGACCUACCCCGGUGUGGACCAAUUAACACCUACUGUAGCUCGCACGACUACCCGAUUCAGGCGACGAAAAAUGCAAUGGAGGCGAGCGUCACAGUGUUGCUUCCGGAGGAGCACCAGACUUCUGUUUCUCCGGACAAAAUCGGGAUUCGGUGGGACAGCUACGCGUCGCUGCUUUACUUCCUAGGCACGAAGAACUCCACGUUCUUCGCGGAUAGUAGUACUACAUAUGGGGCAACGUCGAACUUCCUAGCCGGUUUAACGACGUCCUCACAGGACAGCAGCACAACCCUCGCCAAAAAUGCCGACGAGGCUGUGAUCACUACUGGAUUCAAAAACCACGGCGUCGGCAAAGUCCCUUGCAACGAAGCGAAGCGGGUGAAGAUAGCUCGACAAAUAAGUGAUGGAGCUGCAAGUGCAGAAGUAGAAAACAGCACAUCAACGGACACCAGUUUAAUAUUUGAAGACCUCUACCCAUUAGAUAUAGAUUUCCAAUGCUGCCAAUGGGUGGCACCGGGCGAGGCCCCCCCGGUUGUAAACGAGGACGAGGCUGGCGCUGGGUUUUUCCAGAAAUAUUGGCCCGACAUCGUCUUCGCCGCCACCGUACUCCUGGCCGUGAUUUUUUGCAUCGGGUGCUGCCUAUCAAAGAAGGGAGAUGAAGCAGCAGCUGCGAACGUCGACCCGGCGGCUCCUGCUAGAAAAUCAUCCAAAUCGGCUACUUCGCAGAAGAUGAGUAAAAAAGACGGAGCUGUACUAGCUCCUGCUGGUGCUGCUGCUGGGGCUAGUGCCAACAGUAGAGAUCAGAGAGCCCACACGGCUCAACUGGCAGCUGCAGGUCCGUCGCCAGAUGAUGAAGAACAAAGCAAAGCCUCAGGAUUGCUGAGCAGAGGCGCCAAAGAUCAUUCCGUGCGGUCCUUACCCUCGAACCACGACGCGUUGCUGAGUAGAAAUCCUUUGGCUGCUCGAACGGCAGGUCUUCAGGGAUCUCCGGCAGAAGGAGUGGCGGGCGGGGUAAGUGAAAGUCUUCUUCUAAAUGCGACCAUUAUACCCGACGAGGACGAGGAGAACUCCGAUACAACUGGAGACGAAGGAACUCCUGGUGCCAAGGGAUCACCGAUUAGUAGUGCGGUUAUGUCGUCAUCGAAGUAUGAUCCGACAGCAACAACCGGUCCCGGUGCAGCGAUGGAGGACAGUAUUAUGGGUCACGUGCCCCGCAGCUCGGGUUCUUAACGGUUGCACUUUUAUUCGAGGCUCUGCGACUUUUUGGGGUAGAGAAGCUAGAGGAAGUUAUCUGACUGCGAAAUUACAUUGGCAAGCUGUUGUUUCGUCUAGUACCAGUCAGAGGUUUUGAAGAUGUACACUAUUAUGCAGGUUUGAGAUCGUCAUUUAUUUCAAACAGGAACGCUUUUACUUACAUUACUUUAUCAAGAUUUUCAUUUUUGCACGACGUUCACGAACACUGUAGAAUCAUAUACAUAACACCAACAAGAAGUCUUCGACAUCAAGUAGUAUGACACAAU